AAAUGCUUAGUAAUGAUGAAGACACGCCCUCCACUUCAGUGGCCAUUUUCUAGUAUAGUUCUGGAGAAACAAGUGGGAACCAUCAAAGGAAGAUGUGUACGGAUCAAAGAACAUGGGCAAGAGGCAGUAAAUUUUCCAUCUGGGUCAAUUGGAGAAAUUAGAACUAUGCUGUCUAAUUCUCCACUUUACCAGUACUUACAGGAUCUGGGGCACACAGACUUUGAAACAUGUUCUUCUCUGUCACCAAAAGCAGAAAAAUGCACAGUGGCAGAGGGACAACAAAGGUCUCCUACAAGAGCCCUGCCAAAACGAGGCAUUCUGUUAAAAGUGGCUGAAACCAUCAAAAGUUGGAUUUCUUCUCAUUGCAAUAAGAAAGAUGAUUUACUUCACAAAUUGGAUAUUGGAUUCCGACUUGACUCACUACAUACCAUCCUGCAACAGGAAGUCCUGUUACAAGAGGAUGUGGAGCUAAUUGAGCUACUUGAUCCCAGUAUCCUGUCUGCAGGGCAACCUCAACAACAGGAAAAUGGACACCUUCCAACACUUCGCUCCCUGGCAACCCCUAAUAUUUGGGAUGUCUCAAUGCUAUUUGCCUUCAUUAGUUUGCUUAUUAUGCUUCCCACUUGGUGGAUUUUCUCUUCCUGGCUGGUAUGGGGUUUGAUUCUAUUUGUUUAUCUGAUCAUAAGAGCUUUGAGAUUAUGGAGGACAGCCAAACUACAAGUAACCCUAAAAAAAUACAAUGUCCGUUUGGAAAAUGCAGCAGCAAAUGGCCGAGCUUUUACUAAUCUUGUGAGAAAAGCUUUACGUCUCAUUCAAGAAACUGAAGUUAUUUCCAGAGGAUUUACACUUUUGCUUGACAGGGUCAGUGCUGCUUGCCCAUUUAAUAAAGCUGGACAGCAUCCCAGUCAGCAUCUCAUCGGUCUUCGGAAAGCUGUCUACAGAACUGUAAGAGCCAACUUUCAAGCAGCAAGGCUGGCUACCCUAUAUAUGCUGAAAAACUACCCCCUGAACUCUGAGAGUGACAAUGUAACCAACUACAUCUGUGUGGUGCCUUUUAAAGAGCUGGGCCUUGGACUUAGUGACGAGCAGAUUUCAGAAGAGGAAGCACAUAACCUUACAGAUGGUUUCAGCCUGCCAGCAUUGAAGGUUUUGUUCCAACUCUGGGUGGCACAGAGUUCAGAGUUCUUCAGACGGUUAGCCCUAUUACUUUCUACAGCUAAUGCCCCUCCUGGGCCCUUACUUACUCCAGCACUUUUGCCUCAUCAUAUUUUAUCUGAUGUGACUCAGGGUCUACCUCAUGCUCAUUCUGCCUGCUUGGAAGAGCUUAAGCGCAGCUAUGAGUUUUAUCGAUACUUUGAAACUCAGCACCAGUCAGUACCCCAGCGUUUAUGCAAAACUCAACAGAAGUCAAGAGAACUGAAUAAUGUUCACACAGCAGUACGGAGUUUGCAGCUCCAUCUGAAAGCAUUACUGAAUGAGGUAAUAAUUCUUGAAGAUGAACUUGAAAAGCUUGUUUGUACUAAAGAAACACAAGAACUAGUGUCAGAAUCUUAUCAAAUCCUUGAACAGAAAUUAAAGUUGAUUCAGCCCCAUGUUCAAGCAAGCAAUAAUUGCUGGGAAGAGGCCAUUUCUCAAGUGGACAAACUGCUACGAAGAAAUACAGAUAUAAAAGGCAAACCUGAAAUAGCGUGUGAAAGCCCACGCUGUACUGUGGUGCCCGUGCUGCAGCCUACUCUACACAUUGCAGACCAAGAUCCAAUCCCUGAGGAGCAGGAAUUAGAAGCUUAUGUAGAUGAUUUAGAUAUGGACAGUGAGUUAAGAAAGGAUGAUUUUUAUUACUUGUCUCAAGAAGACAAAGAGAGACAAAAGCGUGAGCAUGAAGAAUCCAAGAGGGUGCUCCAAGAAUUAAAAUCUGUGCUGGGAUUCAAAGCAUCAGAGGCAGAAAGGCAGAAGUGGAAGCAACUUCUGUUUAGUGACCACGGGGUAAAGUCCGAAUGGAAUUAGAGAGGGAAAUUCUGCACUGGAACCUGUUGUCACUGCUUCUCCAGUGGAGUUACUGCAGCUUAGGGAUCUGUUUCUUGCAAAUGGACACAUUUUACAAAAUAAUUUUAAAUAAAUGCCAGAUCUUCAAGAUGUACUUUUUUAUUUUUCCGCCAUGCUUCAUAAUAUAUUGUAUUGUACUAACCCCUCAUACUGGGAGGAGAGACUGCCUAGCAAGCAACCCACUGCCUACUAACUUCAAGAGGGGCUAAAUAAAACUUCAUUUGCCUUGAAAGGACAACUUCUGCCGUAUGGAUAUAUUUUAUAUUUAUGUGUUAUGCUUUGUACAGUAGUUGGUCUUGAGUGCAGAUUUUAUUUCAUUAUAUAUUUUUCAGUGACAUUACAAAAUGUAUAGAAAUUUCAGCUUUACUUUUAUCAGGGUGUUAGGUAGUUGGCAAGUAAAUUGAAUUGUAUGUUCCGUUUGUUUUUCAAUGCUGUUUUAACUUAUACAUAUAUAUGUGUGUGUUGAAAAUAUGAUUAUCUGGAAUACUUAGGCUUUUUAUCUGACAUAUUAUCAGUGAAAGCCAUGCUGCUUAUUUUUCAAUGCUGUGGUCCUCAAAAUUUAGUAUUUAUUAGUACAAGGUGGAAGGCUUAUCAACAUAGCUAGUCCCCAACCCAAUCUUUCAAUUUAGUCGGUCUCGGGUAGAGCCUGAGAAUUUGCAUUUCUGCCAAAUUCCUAGGGGAUGCUGACUGAUGCUAUUAGUUCAAGGACCACACUUUGAGAACCAAUGCUUUAAUAUUUUGGAUAAGAGAAUACAUGAGGUGUUUUAAAAUCUUCAUCGUAACCCUGUCUUAUUUUAUUUCUUAGGCAUUUUAUCUCUUAUAAAGUUCUUUGGAUUUACAAAUUUAUAUUGAUUUUACUAGAAAGUUUUAUUUAGCCUUUAUUUAUUGUUCUUUAUAAGAAAAAAAUCUACUGGGAAUUUAAAUCAAAGUUUAAAUCAUUUCUGGGUC